AACCAUUAUCUCGCUUGAAUUGCAAGUAUAAACACCAAGUGAAUAAAAUCAUCUUCAACGUGUUUUGAUUGUCGUUGUUUUUUGGUUCGAUGGAAAUCAUAAUAAUUUUUGUAAUUCUUUUUUUUGCUUAUAUGUGGAAGAAAUCCAGGCAAAAAGUUGAUGUGCAUUUCGUUGAUAUGAGUGAUCCGAACUGUUUAAAUAUCACCAAUUUUCGGAAUCAUAGUGAAAGAUGUAAAAUUGAAAAUUGUAAAGCAAAACUACAAGCUCAAAUUAUUGAGUGUAUUAAAGCCGCCAAUAAAUCGAUUGAUAUUGCUAUGUAUAAUUUGACAAAUCGGAAAAUAAUUGAUAGCAUCCAAGAGGCUGGUAACCGUGGUGUUAGAAUACGUAUUAUUGUAGAUCAAUCGAUGGUAACACAAGAAAAUACGGAUAAUUAUUUGUUUUCAAAGUUGCCCCAUUCAAGAGGAAUUUCAAUAAAAAUGGCUGGCGGAGAAGAAAACCAACGGAAAAAACUAAUGCACCACAAAUUCUGUUUAAUUGAUACAAACGAUUGGCUACUAAACGGUAAAGUCAUCACUGGAUCGUUCAACUGGACUUAUGGUGGCUUGAAUCAAAACUCCGAAAAUGUGUUUUUCAUUGAAAGUGAUGAAAUUCAAAGAAAAUUUAAUAAAAAUUUCAACAGCAUGUGGGAAAAUCGCGACACUGUAUGGCGAACACCUUUACGUGCAUUUAAUUAUGUAAUAUAUAAUUAGACUUAUAUUCUAAAACAGAUUAUUUAGUUCAGAUGAAAUACGAGCUCAACUGCAACCGACGCUGAAUAUUAUUUUACACAGGCAUUUCUAUAUAUUAAUGUUAGUUCUCUUUAUCAGCAUUUUAUUUAUUUAAAUUGUCAGUAC